AUACAGACCGACUGCUGUGAAACACUGAAAGAAGAGCUGUCACAAGCAGCUGAUUCUCAACGGAAGAACCCACUUUUACCUGAACACGAGAUGGCUGUAAGAACCGGAGGUGGACCAUGCAAAUAUAGAUUAUUAUUUGCCUUCAUAAUGCUUUCAAAUGUAUCCUUGAGUACAUCAGUCAGUCUUGAUUUAACGGAGUUACGAAAUAAAGUUUCGAAAAUUAAAGUCCAUCCACGAGGGAAUCUCUGGGCUACAGGUCAUUUCAUGGGCAAGAAGAGUAUUUCAAACAGCCAGUUACAAGAGACUUCAUUAUCCUCAGAGUCUAUGAGGAAUAUUGAGCAGCAGUCAGUGAGUCCAGAUGGAGAAACGGAGGAUUUGAGGGAGCUGAUCACUCAGGAGGUGCUGAAAGUCGCUCUUAAGGCUAAACUUCAGGACCGAAAAGGGACGCAAGAUGCUUACAACCAGGAUUCGGACUUCCUGAUGAAGCUUUUGAAAAACUACACUGCAAAGAGGAACCUAUAGAUUAGCGAACAUUGUACAAAAUCUAAUCCGUAUAAAGUACGGAAACCUCAUUUGAUGAUAUUUAACCGUAACCUGCUUUUCUUAUGUAUGCCUUAUAUGUAUUUUGUAAAUAAAUGAAUGUGUAAAGAUGAAAAAUAUUUUAAGAAAAUAAAUACGAAACGUCUAGUCUCACCA